AUGGCCUGGCGAAAUCAAGGAAUAACUGGAUCCAACAACAUCCCUCUGGGUCGUCGCCGAUUUGGAGGUGAUGAUUCCCAAGGUGAUAGAAGUGAAACCGUAACCCCUGAUGCCGGGGUCAAGCGUGGGAGAAGCCCUGUUCGAGCUGAUCCUCCUGUCGAUGGGAUUAAAAAACGAAAGAAGCGGAACAGAUGGGGAGAUGCCCAAGAAAACAAAGCGGCAGGCCUGAUGGGUCUUCCGACUUUGAUAAUGGCAAAUAUGACCAACGAACAGUUAGAAGCUUACACUUUGCAUCUUCGUAUCGAGGAAAUCAGUCAAAAGCUGCGUAUCAACGACGUUGUACCUGCGGAUGGCGAUAGGUCUCCAUCGCCAGCUCCACAGUACGAUAACUUUGGCAGACGUGUCAACACCAGGGAAAACCGUUACCGAAAACGUUUGGAAGACGAGCGACAUAAGCUUAUUGAGAAAGCCAUGAAAGUCAUUCCUAACUAUCAUCCGCCAUCUGAUUACAGGCGUCCAACUAAGACACAGGAGAAGGUCUACGUCCCUGUGAACGAUUAUCCAGAAAUUAACUUCAUUGGCUUACUUAUCGGACCUCGAGGCAAUACCCUAAAGAAAAUGGAGACAGAGUCGGGAGCUAAGAUUGCCAUUCGCGGCAAAGGAUCUGUGAAGGAAGGCAAAGGUCGUUCUGACGCGGCUCACACUAGCAACCAGGAAGAAGACCUUCAUUGUUUAAUCAUGGCAGAUACCGAAGAAAAGGUGAACAAGGCGAAGAAAUUGAUCCACAAUGUUAUUGAGACAGCCGCGUCCAUCCCGGAGGGCCAAAAUGAACUCAAACGGAACCAACUUCGUGAACUUGCCGCCCUUAACGGAACGCUGCGUGAUGAUGAGAAUCAGGCAUGUCAGAACUCGCAACUUUCACAGCCAACAUCAUUUGUCGAGUUUGUGGAAAUGCUGGGGCAUAUGGCGAAAGACUGCCCUGAUCGUCAGCGGGGGACAGACUGGCGUAACCACGGUCCCAGCGUCCGUAAAGGCCUGGGAGAUGCGGUCGACCGGGAGAUGGAGCAACUUAUGCAAGAAUUGUCGGGUGGUGCUUCGGGAACUGGCGAAGCACCUCGACGUAUCGAAGCUGGCCCUGGUGGGUACGAUCAGGGAAAUAACUACGGCGGCGAACAACGCGAUUUGAAACCAUGGCAGCGAGGGCCUACCGGUGGUCCUGCGCCUUGGCAACGACGGGACGACCGUCGAGACGACCAGGGACAUCGCGAUCAAGGUGCGGCACCACCGUGGGCUGGCCGUGGCGACCGAACCGAUCGAAGCAACGAUUCUUACGGAUACGGAUCGCACGGUGCUGGGUAUGGUGCCGCGCCUGGUGCAACUGCCCCGUGGCAACCAACAACAACAGGCACCUCCCCCCCCCGGGGUGCCCCACCGCCGCCUCCUGGCAUGGGAACUAUGUACUCCGGAUACCCAGGAGCCAAUCCGCCCCCUCCGCCACCCCCGGCUGAUGGCCCACCACCACCUCCCCCAAGCGAUCAACCUCCACCUCCACCACCUGCGUGA